GCCGAUUCCACCGGGUGUUCCCAGAGCGCACGUGCCCAUGAGAGACCGUCUGGCUGGCAUUCAAUAUGAACUUCCAGAGCGCCAUGACAUUGGACCAUUGGAUGCCGUCUGCACGCAAUGUGGUGCCCGUCAUUUCUCUUGCGAACGUGUAAACAGAAAUCAUUUUACAACGUGUUGUAAUAACGGUCAAAUGGCCGUUACAGGAGAGCGUGUGUUGGGUCAACCACCAGAGUUAUUAAUUCGUUUGUUGAUAGAUGAUUCACAGGUAGCUAAACAUUUUCGCAAAGAAAUCCGUCGGUACAACAACACACUGGCAUUUGCUGCGUUCUCCACUGACCUCAACCCAAGACGUUUACCAGGUUCGGGACCGAGAGUGUUCACUGUACACGGGCAGGUGUACCGCAGAAUUAGUAAUGACGUUGUCAGGAAUGAACUGAUGCAACCGAAAUACUGCGAGUUAUAUUUCAUUGAAUCCGAGUCAGCCAACCAGAUUCGUAUGGCACAACAACCAAGCACAAGCCCAUUGUUGGAGAACUUGCUUACAGACUUGGACAGUCUAUUACGGCAAAUCAAUCCAUUCGCAGUGACUUUUGAAAAUAUGCGACAAGUAUGGCAGAGGGAACAAGAUGCUGCUGCUGCCAAUCCCAUGUUACAACCGAGAAGGGUGACCAUGCACAUAAUUGCCGACCCAAACAAUGAUCCACGGCGAUACAAUCAACCAGCUGCUUAUGUGAACGAGGUAGCUGUCGUCUUUGUUGGUGAAGAUGGUCAACCACCAGGAAACCUAGAUCUGGUUAUCUAUGACUCCAACCCGGUUAACCCAAAUCACCGGAUGCAAAGCAUAUCAGCAAGUUCGUCUCAUGCGGGUCCAAUGUUGUAUCCACUGUUCUUCCCGUACGGAGAAACCGGAUGGCAUUACAACUUACUACAAGAGGGCAACCGCCGAAACACGGUUCGGGUUCGUAACACCAUCAGGGAGUUUGUAUGUUACCGUCUGGCCAUUAGAUACACUGGAAACAAUAGCAAUGGGAAUGAAGGUGAUACAUUUAGUUUAUUGCAUGCAGGUGGUUUUUUAUUGCAGCAGUUUGUGUGUGAUCAAUACGUCCGUAUGGAAGCGAACAAUCUGCGCUACACACGAGACAAUCAGAGAGCGCUUUUUGCUGAUGCAUAUCGGGGCCUUGUGGACCACAUAAACCAACAGCUCCACGUUGCCGAAAUCAACCCUGUAGGCCGCAGGACGAUUCUACCAUCGACGUUUGUAGGUGGUCCUCGGUACAUGAAACAAUGUUACCACGACGCAAUGACUAUUGUGCUGGCCAGAAAUAGUAGACAACAUUCCAUGUUGGUUGAAGGCAAACGACAGGCCCGAUUUGGUGGCGAGGGUGUUCCAUGCAAAACUAAAGGAGCUAAUGCAUGA